GCAGGUUGGGUUGAGCGGUCCACAAGGGGACCGUGGACAGCUCCCGUCUGAGGGGCAGAGCACCACAGGAGGAGGAGAGGGCUGGACAUGGGGGAGCCGCCGCACAGGCCCGUAUGAUCGAGAUCAACACGAUUUGGAUGUGCAGCCACCGGGGAAGAGAAACACAAAGAGAGCAGAGCGGAGAGGCCAUCGGAGGACGGGGAAGAGAAGCGAGGAAGUGAAGGGGAAAAGGGGGGAUACGGCUCCUGACCCAUCCCGGCGCAUCAGGGCGGAGAGGAGGAGAGGAGAGGAGAGGAGCGAAGAAGGAGACAUAUUUCCGCUCGACCUGAUGGACUGACGACAGAUGAAUGAAGACUGCCUACACUAACGCCUAUCGAUGCCUGGCCAAGGACCUGGACGCGUACGCCAUGAAUCCGGACAUGACAAUGGACGGCAUCGGCAGCCUGCACGGCGGGGUGGCGGUGAGCUCCGUGGCCCCUGACGUGGAGCUGAUGAGCGGCCACAGCCCUCACCACGGCCGCGGGAGCUCCUCGGGGGCGGUGGGGGGCCACGGGGCGGCGGCAGCGGCUGCCCUGCGGAUACACCAGGACCUGGCCGCCGCUGCCGCGUCAUCCCGCUCGGCCAUGGUGUCCGGCAUGGCCAGCAUACUGGACGGCAGCGGGGAGUACCGUCCGGAUCUGUCCCUGCCGCUGCACCACGCCAUGAGCGUGCCCUGCGACACGUCCUCUCCCGGGAUGGGGAUGAGCGGCACUUAUACCACCUUAACCCCGCUGCAGCCGCUCCCCCCCAUCUCCACCGUGUCCGACAAGUUCCAUCACCACCACCAUCACCAGCGGCUUUCCGGCAACGUCAGCGGCAGCUUCACUCUGAUGCGCGACGAGCGCGGGCUGCCGGGCAUGAACAACCUGUACAACCCCUACCACAAGGAUCCCAUGUCCGGGAUGGGUCAGAGUCUCUCCCCGGUGCUCGGUAACGGCCUGGGCUCUCUCCACAACACCCAGCAGGGUCUCCACAACUACGGCACCGCGACGCACGGAGGUCACGACAAGAUGCUCAACUUCGACCCCACCGCCUCUAUGCUCACCAGAGCGGACCACCACCACCAGCACCGAGGCCUCGGCGGCCCGGCGGGCGGCAUCUUGCCGCACCUGAACGGGAUGCACCACCCGGGACAUGCGGUGUCGUCGGCGGGACAGCACCCCCACCCUCACCUCCACUCUCCGUCCCAUGGGCCCGUGUUGGCUUCCACCAGGGAAAGACCGCCCUCCUCCUCCGGGACGCAGGGGGGCAACAGUUCGGGGCAGCUGGAGGAGAUCAACACCAAGGAGGUGGCGCAGAGGAUCACGGCCGAGCUGAAAAGGUACAGCAUUCCCCAGGCCAUCUUCGCCCAGAGGGUCCUGUGUCGCUCCCAGGGGACCCUGUCGGACCUGCUGAGGAACCCCAAACCCUGGAGUAAACUAAAGUCGGGCAGGGAGACCUUCAGGCGGAUGUGGAAGUGGCUGCAGGAGCCUGAGUUCCAGAGGAUGUCGGCUCUCAGAUUGGCAGCGUGCAAGCGGAAGGAGCAGGACACGGCGAAGGAGCGCAACAACACACCAAAGAAAUCCCGGUUGGUCUUCACCGACCUGCAGAGGCGAACGCUGCUGGCCAUCUUCAAAGAAAACAAGCGGCCUUCCAAAGAGAUGCAGCUCACCAUUUCGCAGCAGCUGGGCCUCGAACUCACCACCGUCAGCAAUUUCUUCAUGAACGCCCGCCGCCGGAGCCUGGACAAAUGGACAGACGACGGAGCCAGCCCCGGCGCCCAAUCUUCAGCGUCCAGCACUUGUACCAAAGCGUGAUGAUCGGCGGCGGGGUUGGUGACGGGGAUGAGGGGUAGGCUAAAGGUCGGGGUGGGGGGGGGUUGCGAGAUGAAGGGCGCGGGUCCAGGUUUAGCCUGAUCCAAACCGGGAAAACCAAACCUUUUACGUUACUUUGUUUUGUUUGUCUGUUUGUCAAUGGUGACAAAUUGAGAGAGGGGCUGCUCACUGUGACGACUUGUACCCAAAACCGCCUUUUGCAAACUCAUCACAAAUCCAUUCCUAGAAGCUGAAGGCUAAGCUCUGCCAGAGAGCAAAACUAUACUUUAACAAAAAAAAAAAAAGAAAAAAAAAGAAAAAGAAAAAAAGGCUUCACCGCUGGUGUCUCAUUUGGGACAACUGACACACUAGCCUAAAUACCAAAGACGAGAGGACAAUAUGUUUUCUAUUAUGCAAUAUAAGCUAGGAACCAACCGACGGACUAUCCAACGAAAGCUUUAUGACUACAGAAUGUGCAAAGAAUGACUGGACAUUUCGUCCCAUGUCCAAAACCGAGGUUACUUCUCACCAAAACCAAAGAGUACGCAAUGACUUCUCACCAAUGAAAACAUCAAACUCCAUUCUUCUUCUUAUUUAUUUAUUUAUUUAUUCACGUUUGGCACCAAGUCACAGAAAUUCACAUUCUGAUGUCACCCUUCGAGUUCAAUUCCAGCGACAGAAAAAGUCAUUUCCCCUCGGGAACGGCGUCGCAACGCAUGCUAUCGUUUUUGAACUUGACGAGCGUCGCCAGCGAGCUCCGAUCUGAACCAAAGACCACAAAGGAGG